AUGGGCUCCAAGAUCAUCUACUUCACCAUCAACGGCAGACCAGAGCAGGCAGAGUUCCCACUCGACUGCCCCGCACAAGACGUCAAAGACCUGUUCCGCUCUGCUGCAGAGGCUGGCCCCCACGACAUCCUGAAGCUCUACAACCCCAAGGGCAACAUCAUCAACAUCUCCCCCCAGCUCGCCCCCAACACACCCCAGUCCUCCUACAAGUUGGAGGUGGUGGCUGCCAACUGCAACAGUGAACCGUUAGGUACAGAACUUGCAGUGGCACUCGGAUUUGAUCUGUCAUCCAUGGAGAAGAGGUUACAGAGUCUGGAGAAGAAGAUCUUGAUAGAGGCAGGAGAGACUCCAGCUAUCGUGUACGAGAUGAAGAGACAGGUGGAGUCCUUCAGGGAAAAACUUGAGAGUGUGGAGCACCUGAGUUGGCUUGGCCUGUUUAAAGAGCUGUCUGAUGCCACACACAAGCCGUCUCCGUUCUACCACAAGAGAACCCUUCGCAAGACCCGAGAGGAGUGUGAGCACGUCAGGGACAAGUUCAUCCAGAUGAGUUCACUAGAGGUGUCUGACGAGGUGAGGCAGUAUCUGAAGACUCCCACCUUUGAUAACUGGCAGUGGGAGGACGCGGAGAUCAUGGUGCUGCUGCAGGUGAUGUACGUGGACCUGGACUUCAUCUCCACCUUCAACAUCGAGCUGGAGGUGCUGCAGCAGUUCCUCUACCAGGUGUACCGGCGCUACAACAACAUCCCCUUCCACAACUUCAAACACUGCUUCUGCGUCACUCAGAUGAUGUAUGGACUGAUAUGGUUGACAGACCUCAGGAGUACGAUGGACAGCAUUGACCUCCUGACCUUGCUGACCUCGGCUGUCUGUCACGACCUUGACCACACUGGGUACAACAACGCCUACCAGAUUAACGCGCGUACGGAACUUGCUCUACGUUAUAAUGACAUCUCGCCUCUGGAGAACCACCACUGUGCCGUUGCUUUUGAGAUACUGGAGAAGAAUGAAAGCAACAUCUUCCGGAACCUGUCAACAGAUCAGUACAAAAGAAUACGAGAAGGCAUCAUCAGGUGCAUCCUGGCCACAGACAUGACCCGACACAAUGAGAUCCUGAACAAGUUCAAGUCCAUCCUGACUGUGUUUGAUUUCAGCAGCAAGGACCACAGAGACGUGCUCAUGAUGAUCCUGAUCAAGGUGAGCGACAUCUCCAACGAGGCCAGGCCCAUGGACGUGGCCGAACCCUGGCUGGACUGCCUGCUGCAGGAGUUCUUCAAUCAGAGUGACAUGGAGAAACUUGAGGGCCUGCCUGUUUCUCCGUUCAUGGACCGAGACAAAGUGACCAAGCCCUCAUCCCAGACUGGCUUCAUCCGGUUUGUCCUGCUGCCUCUCUUCAUGGAGCUGGCCAGCCUCUUCCCUUGCCUGGAGCUCCAUAUCAUCGACCCUGUGCGGAAGGCCCUGGACUACUACACGGAGAUGGAGAAAGCCCUGGAGAGGGACACACUGACCCGGGCCCAGAGCGACAAGACGGCCAAGUCCAAAGAGCCCUCCGCCUCCGGGUCAAAGGAACCGGACCCAGAGGCCGAGGCUGACUCCAGUCUGAAGCCCACCGCAGUGUGA